AUGGCUUUGGAUGAUGUUCAACAGUAUUUACACCAUGACUGCAUUGAAAUUACAGGUAUACCACCGCUGCUAUUAGAUAGUCCCAAACAACUAGCAACAACAACAACAACAACGUUUUUAAUCCAUAAACAAAACAUACAUACUUACACAUAAAGAAAUUUUACAAUACUUAGACACUGACUUCCCAAAAUAACCACAAAGUUAAAGGGGUGGGAAGCCAGUUUACAAGUUGAUUGCUAAAUUACAUAAAGCACAUGUACACAUACAAAAUUAUAGCAAAAAAUACAAUUAUACUGUAUAUACACAUGAAGACAGACUAUGAAGACAGACGACUUAUAUAAUACAAAUAAACAUAUACUGGAGUUUUUUGUUAUUUUUACAAAAUUAAUAUUUACUUAUAAAAUUUUGUUUUAAAUAUUUUUUGAAUUUUUUAAAUGAAAGAGACUUAACAUGAAAUCAAUUGCAUUCCAAACUGUAGGUCCCUGAAAUCGUACAUUGAAUUUACCAUAAUUUGUUCUUAUUUUUGGGAGAUAGUAAGACUGUGUAGCCAGUGAACGUGUAUUAUAAUUAUGAACAUUUUCCACUGGUGUAAAAAACAACUCAAAGGCAGGAGGUAACAUCUGAUGAUGAAAUUUAAACAUAAAUAUUGCAAUAUGUAGGGUGACAAGAUCACACAGCUUUAUAAUCUUCAAUGAUUUAAAUAUUGGGCUAGAGUGCUCAUCGAAUUUUGAAAAAGUCAUAAUGCGGAUAGCCCUAAUGAUUGGACUAAAUGUAACUGAAGAUCAUAUCUCAACAGAUUUUUAUUUGCCCAUAUAAAGCUAAAUAUAUUUUCAAUAUAUGUUUGUACAAACAUUAAGGGCUAGGAACUUUUAUGAAACCCUAUCAGACUUUUAUUCAAAGGCCCCUAGUUUAACAAUAUUAAUUAUCGAUCAUGAAAGAAAUGGUUAAAGCUUGUUCAAUCUUGUCAAAGACAAAGUAAGAGUAUUUACAAGUAUAGUGAUUUGAACAUAAAUAUACACAAUUUACAAGAGUUUAUUAUGUGAGAUUACAAAUGAAAGCCGUUAGGUAUAUUCCAAGAAAAGGAUUUUCAACUUUUUCUUAAAAGUAGAAUAAAACAUAGUAUUGCUAGUUUCUUUAUCAAGAGAGUUCCAUAUUUUAACUCCCUUAUUAACAAUAGUAUGUUUUGCAUAAUUAGUUCUUCUAUAAUUGAAUUGCAAUUUGUUAGAAUUCCGAGUAUUGUAAUGAUGCAUUUCAUUGUUUUGUAUGAAGUAGCCAUUCAAAAAUUCAGGUAGAUUUUGUAAAUGUUUAAAACGGGUAAAUAAAUAAACAACUUAAAUAGUCAUUAAUUUUAAAGAUAUUCAAUUUUUGAAACAAUGGUUCACUGUGUUCUAGAUAAGAUUUAAAAUUCAUCAAUCUGAUCAUUUUUUUCUGUAAAUUCAGUAUUUUUAGCAGCCUUGUUGGGUACGUGUUACCCCAUAUUAAAUUCCCAUAAGUAAGAUAUGGAUAAACUAAUGCAUAAUAAAGUACAUUUAAUGUAUUUUUAUUUGUUUACGAGCUGACAUCAUAACCACUUUUGAGCAAUCAUUAGUUCUAUGUGCUCUGUAAUCGCAAUAAUUGCAACCACAUGUGUUUAAGAGGCAGUCCGUGUAAAAACCGACCACUCGAAUUUCGUAAGAUUACAGAAUUCCUUCAAACUUUCUGUGUGGAAGAAGUCAUUCAUAAAAUGAACAAAAAAUGCUGACUUUGAAAUUGUAGUCAGUUUUAAAAAAAAUUUCACAAUUAUUUUCGGACGUGUUAAACAAGCAAGUGAUAUUUGAGCUAUUUUAUAUCUCACAGUUCAUCUCGCGCUUUUAUUCUAACUUCUUGAAACUUAUAUAUUUUAUUAUGUCCUGCCUAGGAAUAAACCUAAACUAAAAAUUAUCCUGAUCACUUGAAGCAAACAAAAUAUUGUAUAUUUUUAGAAACGUCUUUCAGACAGCGGAUUAAAUAUUAGUGUUAGUAUGCUGGCGGUAAAUUAUUUUUUCUCAAAAGUGCAACGGUAUCAGAUAUCCAAUCUAUUGCAGCUACUGAGUAUUAUGACACAUCUACUAGAAUAAAUAAUAAAAUCUUUGGGCAGUGCAGGGCCGGAUUAACCAUAUGGCAGAAGGGGCUUCUGCCCAUGGGCCCCGCGCUUUUAGGGGCCCCGCGCUUUACUCAGUUUUAAUUUUUUUGGCGCGUGGCUGGACUAAAAAAGGGCGCCAAAAGCUGCAAGACCACAAAAGUAAAAUAACGUUUCUCCAAAAAGCGAGGCCCCAGAAAUAAAAAGCAAGGCCUUUAUUAAAGCUUAAGCGAUCGGACCAAAAUAAAAAAAAAACGUGAGGCCUUAGAAAUCAAAAGGCGAGGUCCAAAAAGUCAAAAAGGCACCCUUGCAACCAAAUAAAGCUUUGCCCAAGAAAAUUGCAGGGUGGUCGGAAAAUUUAGAAAUUGGAGUUAAUUCAGUUAAAAGCUUUACUCUAAACUAAUAGUCUAAUAUAAAAUUAUAAAUACGGCAAGAAUAGUUUUCAGAAGAUGACAGAGUUUUAUCAAGCCUGAAGCCAUCAUUCAACAAUCAUGCAAGUAGGCAGGUACGUUUUUUAUUUUUUUAUUUUUAGUACUUAUUCAGGUAUAGGCCCUUAGAAUCAUUACUCCUUUUCUAUUUUAAGCCUGUGAAAUGACAUUAUUGUUAAAAAUAGGUACGCGCUGCAUACAUGUGGGUAGCCUGCUAGAGUAAUACGAGGAACAAAAUUGAUGCAACUUGUUAACAAAAUUAUAUGCCUCGUGAUUUGUAAUGUAUGUGUAAACAUUUCAAUUAACAUGCGCAUAAAUCUAAAAUAUACAAUGUUGAACGACAUGCAUAUUCGAUUCUAUAUGCGUUAGAAAUGACUUUCAACCUGAUAAAUCAUACUAAAAUAUACAAUGUUGAUCAAACUAUUCUAAUACAGUAUGUUUGAUAGCCUGCGUGGCAGUCCCCCAGUUUUAUGGGGACUGAUAUGUCAGUCGUCUUUAUUAAACUACUGUAUGACAUUACACGAUAUAAAACAGACCAAGUGCGCUAAUAUUAACCCCAAUGAUCCCUGUACAAGCUGUGACUGAUAUAAACAACAACAUAUUCGCUUCUAUAUGCGUUGGACUAAUGACUUUCAACCAGACGAAACAUAACAUAUUACAAUAAAGACUUUACUAAGAAUUUAUAUACAUCUCUAUACAGUAUGAGCGUUAUGAAGGCCUAUGAACUUAGCCAGUGGUCUAUAGACUGUCUCUAUACAGUAUGAGCGUGGUCUAGAACUUAGCCUGUGGUCUAUAGACGGUUCGAAUUUCAAGGAUGAUUGGGAUAAAAGGAACCGCGCAGCAGGACACCGCGGACACGAAGGCUACAGAGAAACAGAGCCAUGGAAGAUCGCGCUUCAGUCUCUCACAUAGUGGUUAGCUGCGCAUGCGCGGCUACCCACAAAAAUGACUCAUUGUGUAUUUGUGUCACCAGAGCCAGGUGUCACUUGACACGAUGUCUCACUUUACAAAUAACGAGUUACAAGUAUACAAACGUAUUUAAUUCUUACUGACAGUUGAGACAGUUGACUAGUCGAGAUAUUCAGAUAUAUAUCAAAUUCAAAUGCUCUCUUUGGAAAGGAACUAAACCUUGGUAUGUUUUAAUUAUCAUUUUGAACUGAUGUUAGAGUUUGUCAUUUAAUCAAAUAUAAAUCAAAUGUUGCGCAUUUUCGAACGAAGCGCUAACCCCCUGCACGUGCUUUCCAAUUUGCACGUGCUCACAGAGAUGACUGGGGACGAGUCAGAAGUGCUAAUGCCCUAUAAAUUUGUAUGAAAUUUCAAUGCUGACAACGCAUAUUGAUAAUUAUUGAUAAUUAUUGAUAAAGCGUCGCAUUAUACAUAUUUAUACAAGAGUUUUUUAAUGUUUAGGUGUGCUACUUUGCGGAGACAGCGGAGUUUGCUACAGACGAGCUAUAGGCUCUAUGAGUUCCCAAGGUGGACGUGGCGGUGGCCGCGACCGGGAUAAAAAUCACAAAUAUGAAUCUGGAGCGGCAAAACGCAAGGCAAAGUUGGAACGUGUAGUACAGGAAAGUAAGGUUUUGAGUAAAGUCCCUAAGAUAUCCACACUGUUUUUCCCAAAGACCAGCGGUGGCAAUAUUGGUGACAAUGCAACUGGUUGCAGCGCACAGGCCCUUCGCAAUCCUGUUGAGUCAGCCGUUAAUAAUACAGCCACCAUUGCGACAAUAGUGACAGAUUCUGUGCCCGAGCAAUCUGAUGAAACGCUAACAAUAACAUCUGACCUUUCUGGCGAUCCAUCUACAGAUGCCUAUUCCUGUGAUUUAGGGAUGUGGCCUCCCUAUGUUUCGGAUAGUAUGAGAAAAUACUGGGUAGCAAAAGGAAGUAGCGAAUGUAGAAAUUUGGAUGCAGAUUUCAGCCCAUCUUCCAGCAAAUUUGAGGGAGAUAAUUACAAACGCCAGUGCCAGAAAAGCUUGUUCACGUACACGCAUGAGCUCACAAAACAGCAACACCCUCAAAGCUGGCUCUGUUACUCGCCAUCUAAACAUGCAGUGUUCUGCUUUGCAUGUAAACUGAUGAACGACAGUAAUGUUUUUGGGAAGCUAGGAUAUAAGGAUUGGAAACACGCAUCCAAUAAAAUCCCAUGCCACGAAAAAAGUGCAUUGCACCUAGAGGCCAUAAUUCAGCUCCUCCAACGCAGUGAUGCUGGCUGCUGUGUUCAUGUGGAACUAGUAAACCAGGCCAAUGCAGAACGUGAUUAUUGGCGUGCUGUAUACUUCAACGGAUAGUAGAAACUAUCCAUUACCUAUCUGAGCGUGGUCUACCAUUUCGUGGCUCAAAUGAAAUAGUCGGAUCACCCAGAAACGGUAACUACUUGGGUACAUUGGAACUGCUGGCCAUAUUCGAUCCAUUUCUUGUGCAACACAUCAAACGUAACACAAACAAGGGACGAGGUCACACUUCCUAUUUGUCGAAGACAAUUUGUGAUGAAUUUAUCUAUUUGUUAGCAAAUCGCGUACACGAGUAUAUCGUUACGGAGGUGAAGUCCGCCAAGUAUUACUCUGUUUCUGUGGAUUCGACCCCUGAUAUUUCCCAUGUUGACCAACUCACCUGCAUUCUUCGGUACGUUUUACCAUCAGGUCCUGUUGAACAAUAUUUAACUUUUCUGCAAGGUCACACUGGAAAAGAACUAGCAGAAAGCUUGCUCAAGUUUUUGAAAGCCCAUGACAUCGCUAUUGCCGAUUGCCGCGGUCAGUCUUACAAUAAUGCGAGCAAUAUGAGCGGAAAAUAUAAUGGCAUGCAGGCCAUUAUUCGGCACCAAUGUAAUCUGGCUGAGUAUGUACACUGCGCCACACAUUCCCUCAAUCUGGUUGGUCAGACUGCAGUAGGUUGUUGCACGCUGGCCAUUGGAUUCUUCAGGUUCCUUCAAGGACUAUACUCCUUCUUUUCUGCUUCACCGCAUCGUUGGAAAGUUCUGAUGGAUCAACUGUCAAGCGAGGGCCUGCCAACAGUCAAACGCAUGUCAGAUACUCGCUGGUCAGCACGCGCAGAUGCCAUAAAGGCUCUAGUCAAGGGCUAUGAUGAAAUUAACGACGCAUUGGUAGAAAUCGCAGACGACGAAGAGGAGAAAGCCGAAACCUGA